CAGUCUCCUCCAAGUUAUUCCGCACGGAACAUAAUUCGUUGCGUGUCGCCCGACACGCUGCUAGAAAGAUAUCCUGCGAAUUCGAACAAUUUGCACGGUCGUGAUCUAUCUGCUGCGCAUAAUCCACUGCUGCUGCGCCUCAUCUAUGUUCUCUCCUUUCCAUCUCCUAGCCCUGGGUCUCUGUGCGUGAAGCUGCCACCAUUCGGGCAUCUAGUUUUUUUCGUCGUCUCCGUCGCCUCAUAGGCUGGCUUUUGGCGACACUCUCCAUGUUAUCUCACAUGCUCUCGUCUGUCUUGGACUCCUUCAAAUACCGGCGCGUACAUAGUCGCCACCUGGGCUUUGCUGCAUUUGCCUGCCUCGUUAUUCUCACACUCUACUAUUUUACAUUACCACGACAUGACAAGUCAGCCGUGCAUUACAGGUCUCCAUUCGUUAGCAAUACUUCGCGGGAAGAGUGGAGGCAGCGCGCAGAGCAGGUGAAGCAGGCCUUCCGUCACGCUUACAGCGGAUAUGAGAAGCAUGCCUGGGGUUAUGACGAGCUACUGCCAUUGACAAAUGGAAGCAAGAAUAACUUCAACGGAUGGGGGGUGAUGCUGUUCGACUCCUUAGACACGAUGAUCAUGAUGGACCUCCACGACGAAUUUGCGCGAGCCCUCAAAGUGGUCGAACGAGCCGAUUUUUCGCCUAAUCCAUCUAUUACGCAGAAUCCCGGCUUCGCCCCGUUCUUUGAGACGGUAAUCCGCUACUUGGGAGGGCUCCUGGCGGCCUACGCACUCUCCCACGAGCCCAUCCUUUUGCAACGCGCAGAUGAUUUGGGUCGAAUGCUCUCUCCAGCAUUUGACACACCCGUGGGCUUCCCAAUGUUCGGUGUCAACACGGUCACGGGCGAAACUAUAGGCCCGGUGGUCGGCAUCCUGGCGGAGAUUGCCAGCUGUCAGCUUGAGUACACUUAUCUUGCACAGCUCACCGGAAGGAGGUCGCAUUGGGAGAACGCGGACGUCGUCGUGCGGAACCUCGCUAACGCGGGUAUGGAUAUGCUUCCCAGGCGCUGGAAUCUUGAGACGGGCAGGCCGAUCGAUUUGGUUUUAUCAGUCGGUGCUGCGUCGGAUAGCGCUCACGAAUAUCUAUUGAAGCAGUAUCUGCUCACUGCGCAGACAGACAAAGAAAGUUACCAGAUGUACUUGCGAACCACGAACCACAUACUAACCCACAUGCUCUAUCUCUCAGAGAAUCGCGAGCUGCUUUACGUGACGGACACGUCGCAUGACAACUUUGCGCCUAGUCACCGUUUUGAACACCUCUCAUGCUUCCUCCCGGGUUUGUUCGCGCUGGGUGCAGAUCAGCUCGACCUCUCCUUGGACCAUCUUGACCGUAGGACGCUUCGCCCCGAGGGCCGACGCGCAUAUGAUCGUCUCAAAGGCUACGAUCUGCGUGAGCUGCAUAGAUGGGCCGCGGAGGGUCUUGCGACGUCAUGCUACCUCAUGUACGCCGACCAAUCAACCGGUAUCGGGCCCGAUGAGGUUAUCUUCCAGCCUAAGAUGCCUGCAGCUGCAUCCGAGACGCGGUGGCCGUUUGGGUCGCAGUAUCAGGGCAAACUGUGGAUUGACUACGUGGACGACUGGCGGAAGAGAGGACAACGUGGCGUGCCUCCGGGUUUGGGCGACAAGCCUCCAGUGCGCUUCACUGAGGAGGAGCUGAAAAGUGCCAGGUUGAGGAAGAUGAGAGUGCCGGAGCGAGACUACGUGAUACACAACAGCAAGUUCCUGUUACGUCCAGAGACCAUCGAGUCGCUGUACAUCAUGUGGCGGACGACGGGCGAUCCCAUUUGGCGCGAGCGAGGGUGGGCACUCUUCGAAGCUAUAGAGAGAGAGACGAAGACAGAUUCGGGCUACGCGUCGGCACUGAACGUGCUGGCCUCGCCCGCCCCUCUCAUGGACGAUAUGCCCAGUUACUUCCUGGCCGAGACCCUAAAAUACCUGUACCUCCUGUUCCACGAGGAGGAUAUCGUCCCACUGGACCGCUGGGUGUUCAACACCGAAGCACAUCCUUUCCCGGUGUUCUCGUGGUCCCCGUGGGAGAGGAGCAAGUUCGGCAUUCCAACGCCCUCCUUGCCAUGAGGUCUCCGCGGUGCGCGGUGGGGCGCCACAUCUCGUAAGAUAGCGGCUUUUCACGGCAGACAGACCGUUCGUCGGCAUUCGCGAGCUUGGCAGCGGACGUUCCUCUGGCGAGAUCGCUCUCGAGCGCGGUGAUUGUGCAUACGAGAAGGAGGUCAUAUGUGUACGGGCCACUAGACUGCGGUUGAUACAGUGAGGGCGCCGAUUGACUAGAUAUAUCUUACACCGAUGAUUGAGAGUCCUGAUUAUCUUGCCACCUGACCUUAGAGGCGCUUUUAUGUAUGAGGAAUGAUCGUAUUAUGUGUAGACCGUCUAGGUGUCUACCCC